UGACACAUCUCCUCAUCGAUCUCCUGUUAUAGAUAACAAUUAUUAUGAAGAGGAGGAAGAAGAGGAAAUGGAGUUGCCCAGGAAAAGGCAGUGUUUAGGACUAUGUCCUAUCCAUUGCACAAAAAAUAAUUAA